AUGCCUCAGGAUAUGCCCCCAACGGGGGGCUACGCGCAAGUUCAGUACAAGCGGAACGUGCCUGCCCGUGGCUUCAAGCCUUUCUACUACAUGGUCGGCAUGCAUGCGAUCAUGGCCUACGGUUUCUACAAGUACUUCCACGGAGUCCGUGAGCAGCGUGAGCUCGCCCGUGAGAAGAUGUGGGGUCGCCUUUACCUCACUCCCCUCCUCCAGGCCGAGGAGGAUCGUGACCAAGUCCGCCGCUACUACGCUGACAAGGCGCGGGAGAAGGAGCUUCUGGGCACUGAGCAGAAGGUUUACAACUCGGACCGCUUCGUCCGACCUACUUUCGUCUACACUCCCUCCCAGGUUACUCAAUAG